AUGUGUACUAGCCUUGUCUCGGCUAUGGUGUUUGUCAGUUGGUUUAGUUUUUGGCACAGGACAAAACUUGCCAGAAACGAGAAAGAACGAGCGUAUGUGUGUACAUUACUGAGUAGUUCUAUCACCAGCACAUGUUCUUUACCACUUGUCUAUGAAUUAUUAAGCAAUGGAGGAGACCUUUCAGCUCUCCUUGUAUAUCGUACUUGGACAGUAGUAGCCACGACCUUUUUUAUGACAUUCUUAAUCAUGGAUCUUUGUAUAGGUGUCUUUUUUUACAAGAACAAGAUUGACAUGCUUACAGGCUGGAUACACCAUUUGACUUAUCUGAUCACACUCACAUGGGCGAUUCAUCAUCAAUACAGUGCAGUGUUUAUCAUGAUGUGUGUGUUAGAAAUCCCCACCUUUGUUUUGGCUUUAGGGUCGGUGCGAUCACAUUUACGUCGUGACUAUGUAUUUGCAGGUACAUUUUUAUUGACACGUAUCUUGUUUCAUGCAUAUGCUAUUUCUUGUGCUUGGAAAUUAAACCCAUUUGGACCUGUGGUCAAUGCAUUGACUUUUUUCUUUCCUGUUCAUUGCUUUUGGUUUUAUGGGUUCAUUAAACAACAAAUUCGAUUAAUGAAGACAGAUCCGAAAAUUACGCCAACACGCACUGCGCCUAAAAAGAAGCAAGAAAGUGUGACCCAAAAACCCAUCAAAACCACGACAACUAUCAUGAUGAAAAAGAAGAAGUCUCCUAUCAGUGAACCUAGAAGGAGAACUAACUAUUCCAGCUAUACCACUCCUUCAUUUCAUCAAUCUCCUCCUGUGUCAGUACAUUAA